AUGGCUAUCCUAAGCUUGGACUAUCGUCAAUUCACCUCGGGAAGCAAAGCAGAGCGUGAAGAGUUUGCUCAUACCUUACUCGCCGGCUUUAUGAAAGAUGGGUUUGCCAAGCUCCACAGUCAUACAUUCAAUGAACAGGAAGUGAAAGAAAUGUUUCUGUGGAGCCACAAAUUCUUCGACCUGCCCAUGGAAGCAAAGAACAAGAUCCCGAACGACCCGGGACCACGGCCGAUGCGUGGCUACACUCCCUAG